AAAAAUAACAAAAUAUUGACAUUUAAUUUGUCUACAUAACCCCACUUAUUUGCCCAUAUAAUUCAAAAUAUGCUGGAAACACAAGACUGGAAAGAUUUUUCUAUCGAUUCAUGGUACGAAAAAUUCCAACACAUUGCCAUAAAAACUCUUAUUCUGGAAAUACCUGCAGAUAUUUUAUCAAAGUUCCAAUAUGAGGAAGCCUCAGAAAUAUCCGAUGAUGAGGAAACUUUGGACGAAGAGGUAGUUUUACCAAAUGAGUUUAAAGAAAAACUUAAAAACGCCUUAAAUUGUCUAGGAAAAACAGUUUUUGUGAAAAACAACUGGCAUGCUCCAAUGGAUGCAAAAAUGUUUAGUGUUGGUAAUACACUGAAGGCUCAAAAUAUAGACGAUAUUAUUCUAUAUUUUACCACGUCAACCAUUAUACAAGAAGAUUUUUCAAAUGUUAAAGCAAUACCUUUUUGUAUCGCUUUAAGGAAAUGGAUUUGUAUUCAUCCUGCUGCAGAAUUUAGAUGUAUUGUCAUAAAUAACAUUUUAAGGGGUAUAACACCUAGGGAUUGGCCUACUUUUUACAAUCACUAUAAAGAGGAAGGACAAGAAAUAAUUGAAAAAUUACAGAAAUUUUUCACAGAAAACGUAAAGGAAAAAUUUAUUAGAAAAAACUAUACCUUUGAUGUAGUACUCUCAUAUCCAGACCAACCAGUCAUUUUGGAUUUUGGCCCCCUGAAUACCAAAACAAAUUUAUAUGCAUUUUCAUGGAAAGAAAUCGGUCCCCUGCUUAAUAAGGAAGUACCAGCUGAAGUGGCGCCAGUAUUUCGAUAUUUGGAGUCAGAUAUAGGGAUCAUGACACGUGCAGAUGCCCUCAGGAAAAUCAGAGUGUCUGAAUAAUAUAAAUAAUACCCUUUUGUACACCAUAAGAUUAUAAUUUUAACCUUUUUAUCUUUACAACAUAUACAAUAAAUACCUAUUAAGGAGGGCGCGCACUGCAUCGGAUCGGACCGACCCACAUAGGUCAUUUUAUGUAAUUUAGGAAUUAAUAAAUAAAAAAAUUGAAUGUCGAAAAAAAUAUUUUUUUAUAUUUCAUCUUGGAGCUAGGGCCCCAUAGAUAUUAUUUCUGCAAUAUUAUAUUUUAAUAUUAACAGAGGUGGCCAUGGCGAGAAUGACAAUAUCAAAGUUUGUUUGAAUUAUUUCACAUUGUAAAAUUACUGUCAUUA